UGGGGGCGCGUGCUGGGAGGUGGACGCGUGCGACGCGCGGGGGCACGCUGGACGCUGACGAGGGGCGUGCUGCUUGCGUAUUGUAUUGCAGUGCCCUUGGGCAAGUUCGAGGGGCUCGGGAGUCGCCGGCUCUCAAACUGAAUAAGCAAAAAUGCCGGUGUUUCAUACGAAAACCAUCGAAAGCAUAUUGGAACCAGUAGCCCAUCAGGUCUCGCGGCUGGUGAUCCUGCACGAGGAGGCCGAGGAUGGCAACGCCAUGCCCGACCUGCAGCGGCCCGUUCAGGCCGUCUCCAGGGCUGUCAGCAACCUGGUCAAGGUGGGCCGCGAGACCAUCAACUCCAGCGAUGACCAGAUACUGCGCCAGGACAUGCCGGCCUCGCUGGUGCGCGUGGAGCAGGCGAGCCGCCUGCUGGAGGACGCCUCGUCCAUGCUCAAGAUGGACCCGUACUCGCAACCGGCCAGGGGGAAGCUGAUCGACGGCUCGCGCGGCAUCCUGCAGGGCACAUCGUCGCUGCUGCUCUGCUUUGACGAGUCGGAGGUGCGCAAGAUCAUCGUCGAGUGCAAGCGCGUGCUGGACUACCUGGCCGUGGCCGAGGUCAUCGAGGGCAUGGAGGACCUGGUGCAGUUCGUCAAGGACCUCAGCCCCUGCCUCACCAAGGUCUCGAGGGACGUGGACGCACGGGAGAAGGAGCUGACCCACCAGGUGCACCGAGAGAUGCUAGUGCGCUGUCUGGAGCAGGUCAAGACGCUGGCCCCCAUCCUCAUCUGCUCCAUGAAGAUCUACAUUCAGAUUACCGGCCAGCCGUCUAGUAAGGGCGCCGAGGAGGCCGCCGAGAACCGCAACUACCUGGUGGGCCGGAUGAGUGACGAGGUGCACGAGAUCAUCCGCGUGCUGCAGCUGACCACCUACGACGAGGAUGAGUGGGACGCCGACGCGCUGACCGUUAUGAAGAAGGCCGAAAGUGCCAUCGCCUCCAAACUGCAGCCGGCCAACGACUGGCUUCAGGACCCGUUGGCGGUGCGCGGUGGCGUCGGCGAGAAGUCGCUUCGCGCCAUCGUGGACCUCUCGGGCCGGGUGGCCGAGCGCGCGCUGCCGCAGGACCGGAACGCCAUCAACAAGCUGGCCGGAGACGUCAGCUCCAUGACGGACGCGCUCUGUGAGCUCCGCCAGAGUGGUCAGGGCACCAGCCCCCAGGCGCAGGGUCUGGCGCGCAGCCUGCAGGGCCAGCUGGCCGACCUGCACGGCCUGGUGCGCGGCGCCGUGGCCAACGUGGAGCGCUCGGGCGUGCAACAGCCGGCGCACACGCUGGCCGGCCGGCUGGAGCAGGCGCGCCGCUGGCUGCAGGCGCCCGACGGCCCGGAGCGCGCGCUCGGACAGAAGGCCAUCCAGCUGGUGGUGGACGAGGGCCGCCGCGCCGCCGAGAACCUCAGCGGCCAGCCACGCCAGGAGGUGCUCCAGCUCUGCGACGAGGUGGACGGCCUCUCCCGCCAGCUGGCCGAUCUGGUGCGCCGCGGCGAGGGCAACUCGCCGCAGGCGCACGCCAUCGCCAAACAGCUCUCGGCCAAACUGCAGCAGCUGAAGGACAAGAUCCAGAACGCGCUAGUGGGCCGCGUAGUGGAGGACUUUGUCGACAUCGUCACUCCGCUGAAGCAGUUCACCGAGGCGACGCUGGCGCCCGAGGGCACCCCGGGCCGGGAGCAGAACUUCGGUGACAAGGCCGACAAGCUGCAGCGGUUCAGCACGCAGGCGGCGCGCACCGGCCGCAUGGUGGCCUCGGCCGGCGCCGCCGGCAACAAGAAGCUCUCGGAGGCGCUGCAGGCCUCGGCCAACGAGGUGGAGAGCCUGUGUCCGCAGCUGGUGAACGCCGGCAGUAUCCGACUGCAGCACCCAGACAACAAGGCCGCCGACGAGCACUUCGAGAACCUGCGCAAACAGUACGCCGACUCCAUCAGUCGCGUGCGCGACCUCAGCGACGAGGCCAUCGACGCGGCCAAGUUUAUACGGCAGUCGGAGGAGCUGAUGAAGAAACACACCGGUCUGUGCGAGGAAGGCAUCAAGCACCGGCAGCCGCAAGAGGUGGUCGGCAACACCUCCGCCAUAGCCAGACUGGCCAACCGGGUGCUGAUGGUGGCCCAGAAGGAGGCCGACAAUUCGGAGGAUCCGCGCUUCCGCACCGAAAUUCAGGCGGCAGUCGACCGUCUGCAGAAAAGCGUGACUCCGAUGGUGCAGAACGCCAAGACGGUGGCGGUAAACCCGGCUGACCAGGGUGCUGUCAGCCGCUGGAGGAACUCCAACAACGAGCUGCUGGAUGCCGUGGGUCAGGUGCGGAAGGCCGUGGGUCCGGACAUCGACCUCAUCCCCGGCAUGUCCCAGAUGGAGCUGAACGAUGCCAUAGACCGGGAUAAGAAGGGCCGCGAGGAGGAGCUGGGCGCCCUGUUGGCCGGCCUGGAGAAGGUGUCCCGCGCGCCCGAGCUGGGCUCGGCGCCGCGGCUCGCAGAGUCGGCGCCGCCGCGUCCGCCGCUGCCGGCCGGCGGGCAGCCGCCGCCCCGGCCGCCGCCGCCGCCAGAGACUGAUGACGAGGAGGACAGCCACGUGUUCCGGCACGCGCCGCCCGCCAACCAGCCCAUCAUGCAGGCUGCCCACGGCCUCCACCAGGAGGUGGCCCAGUGGAGCAGCCGGGACAACGACAUCAUCGCGGCCGCCAAGCGCAUGGCCCAGCUGAUGGCCAAGCUCAGUCAGCUGGUGCGCGGCGAGGGCGGCGGCAACAAGCGCGAGCUGAUCGCCUGCGCCAAGGCCAUCGCCGAGGCUUCCGAGGAGGUCACGCGGCUCGCCAAGGAGCUGGCGCAGGAGUGCACCGACAAGCGCAUGCGCACGCAACUGCUGCAGGUGUGCGAGAGGAUCCCUACCAUUGGAACACAGCUGAAGAUCCUCUCCACGGUCAAGGCCACCAUGCUGGGCGCCCAGGGUGCAGAUCAGCUGGACAGGCGGGCCGACGGCAUUGUGACGAGCGGCACCGAGGAGGACCAAGAGGCUACCGACAUGCUGGUGGGCAACGCCCAGAACCUGUUGCAGUCAGUCAAGGAGACAGUGCGCGCCGCCGAGGCGGCCAGCAUCAAGAUGCGCACAGACGCUGGCAUCCGGCUGCGCUGGGUCCGCAAGUCGCCCUGGUACCAGUAGCCGUCCAUAACCCCCGCUGCACCGUACAAACGGGCCGUGGCGUCGGCAGCAGCCCGCCCGGUCGCCGCUCGUGUGCAAUUGUGGCUCGCCAGGCGCGACCGAACCGGCGUGUGACAUCCGGCCGUCGUCCUGGCCGGGGCCGUCGCCGUCCGGCGCGUUCUUCACCACAGGGUUUUAAGCUAUUCAGCAUGAGAAGCAACUAACCUGGGCAGGAUUGUUGGAUCUGUGUAGGUUUCAGGUUCCCCGUAGUUUUUACGACGCUUUGUUUAGUCUUUACGCUGUGGCUGAUAGGUACGAUCUGUUGCGAGCUGCUAGUGGGUCGACGGUCCGGUUCGGCGGUGUACAACUAAAAUGCGUCUACACUGCCAUGGUCGCAAAGCGCUCGCAAUGCAUACUGCCUGAACUAGCCUACCUCGCCGGCCGUAUGGCGAAGUCGUCGCGUCACGCCCGUGACGUCGUCACAGCUUUCCGGUGCAUGCUGAUGUUUACAAGUGCCAACCGAAGACGCUUAACAGUGGCCGAUGCGGCUGAUUUUGGUCGUUUGUUUAAUGAAUGUGCGAACGCUGAGGAUGCGCACGCGGAGGAUAACAAUUGUUUACUGCAUGUGUUAGGAUUUAAGAAACUAAUGUCUGCUGCGUUGUCUAGCUGGAUAAACAGUGUAUGUGACUCAUCGAUGGUAUUGCGUGUCCGACGCACGCACAGCGAUUUUUAACAACCAAAUGCAGCUUGAGAACGGGCAGCCAAUGUCGAAUGCAGCUUGAGAAACGGGCAGCGAACGUUUUUAGGUAGACUACGUCGACACGAUGCGGUGGCCGAGCCAGCGCUUACGCGUUAUUAAUGGUGUGUGCACGUGUUACCUGCUUCGGUUGAAAAUUUGCGGUUUAGAAUUUCGAUGGGUGCGAGCACCUCGGUCUUGAAAUAGACCUACGCCGUUUAAGCGGACGCCUGGGCGCAGGACUGACCGCGGCCUCGGUCGUACUUUACUGACGCCCGUUUCUGAGCACAGUCGUGUUCUCGCCAGUUGUUGUUUGGAGCAUCAGUUUCCUACCGCAGCUCGGCGAACCACUAACAAACGUCACCACCGGGGCGCGUGUCGCCCACCGCCGGUGUCGCGUACCCGGCACGCGAGGCUGGAUGGUACAAAAGGUCAUCACACGUGGACAGGAUGGGGGGGGGGGGCGAGCCUGUGCCCCUAGCCUGACAGUUUAAAGGGCAGAGCCCUGGCUGCAGUCAAUCUGUGCAGCAGCCGGUGCGGUCGGCGCCGCCAAGCGCGUGCUGUUAGGCAGGGACAGGGCGGCACGACAGCGGCAGCGACAGCGCAGGGGACCGGCUGUCACCCUCCACUGCCGCGCGUCGCUGCGCCGCCGGCAGCGCAGCGGCGCACGGCUCUGGCCCCUGCUGGGGCCACGCCGCAGGUGCCUGAGGUCGGUUCACCGCGAUCGAUCGGACGCCCCGCCCCGCUCGGUCAGCCGGCUGUCGUCGAUGACGUGCCUCCGUUUUGUCGCUAUGGGAUUGCUAAAACCUCUGUGAAAUAAACUUGCUAA